UACCAAAUGUUUCCCGAAUAUGUUGCCAAAUAGGAUCUAUUUUAUGAAUGCACAUCUUCAUGUAUAACUUAUUAGAUUUGUUGUGAUUUCUGCGGUUGGUAAACUACUGGUUUUGGAUUCUGCUCACACGGCUCACCUACAACAAGAAUAAAAUAAUUCUGGGAACAAUCGUCCAGCCGGUCCCGAUAAUUUCGAAGAUUAUGAUUACCUACACCUGAUAUAGAAGAUGAUCGUCAGAGUGCAUCUGUGCUACGAUCCGUCAUGAGGUUCUUUGGUCGCUGUGGCAGACGAAUUCGGAGUCAAUACGUGCACCUCAUGGAGCGCUAUGUUGGAAUACGUCCUUCAUUCUCUCUCAUCUACCGAUAUCGGUGGGCUUUCAUUGCGUACGUUGCUGUAAAAACAUUUUUCUUCCUCAUGUUUCUACGGAUGUAUCUGUUGUCAAGCUCAUCCACAAGCAGUCCAGCUGCUGGAAGAGUAUUCUCUUUUCAAGGAAGCGAUUUUAAUAGCAACUACCUCAUGGAUCUAACAAAUUUUACGUAUUUAGCAAAUCCACCAAUUUGCGGUGAAUCAACGAAUGUGCUGGCAGUGGUUUUGGUUCACACUCACCCUAGUCAUAUUGAUCUCAGAAAUACGUUCCGAAGACAAAUGCCUCAAGAAAUUUUGGCCGAAAUUGGCCUCAGAAGAGUGUUCCUAAUAGGCCAAGCAAAUAAAGGACAAUCCUUGUAUCCAUCGGUGAAGCAAAGCGAAAUUGACGCGGAGAAUGAAGUUUUCCGCGAUAUGGUCCAAGGUAACUUCGAAGAGCACUACCGCAACCUAACUUACAAACACGUCAUGGGCUUAACUUGGGCAACACGUUUCUGUUCUCAUGCAGCGUUCAUCAUCAAAAUGGAUGACGACAUCGCAGUAGACUUAUUCCAGGUACGACAGUUACUGCAGUUCAGGUAUCGUGAAGCGCAUAACACCCUGCUAGGGCUGGUUCAAACAGACAACCACCCUCUCAGAACUAAUCACAGCAAGUGGAAGGUAACACAAGAAGAAUUUAGCGGAAAUGUAUACCCUCCGUUUUUAUCGGGCUGGUGCUACAUGGCACCAAUGGAAGUAGUUAAAAAACUUGCUCAGAACGCGCAUAAAUUUCCUUAUUUCUGGAUCGAUGACGUCUUCGUGACCGGCAUAAUGGCGGAAGAUCUGAAGAUAGAACGGCAAGGCCUCAACCACCUGUACACAAUCCACUCAGCUCUUCUGGAAUGUUGCACUCUGGAACAAUUUUCUCCGAAGAAAUAUUACUGCGAUGUUUUUGCAGGACCCACUUCAGGAGAUAAUAAUCUAUACAAAGCAGCUCUUGAUCAGUUCUACUACUGUUAUCGGAAAGGCUGCGGAAGAAGGACCGGUACUGAGAUCCUAAUUAGGACGUGUGUUGUGACGCCCAAAGAAACUCCUUAUGGUCGAGGUGUGGGGGAAGUAAUUGCCUUAUAAAUAUACGCAAGUCUUGUGGAUAUUCAAUUAUUACUUCGAGUGAUCCGCUAUAUAAUUUUCAAGAUUUUUA